GCGGCGGUGGGCCCGGCGGUGACCGGCAUGCGGGCGGGCGGUGGGGCGGCAGCGACUGCAGCAGGGCUGCUGGGGGCGGCGGCGGCGGCCGCGGCGAAGCUGGCGUUGGGGCCGGGCGGGGAGGCGGCCGGAGGCUGGCUGCCUGCGCUGCUUCGCAUCGGUUGCAUUGGCUUGGUGUUUGCGUGCAAUGCGAUCAUGUGGACAGUCUUUGCAAAAGCCCUGCGACUGUCCUCCUCCUCAGCCGCUGCCUCUGUGACGACGACGGCCUCCAACUUCAUCUCUUCGGCCAUCUUGGGGAAGCUUCUCUUCGGGGAGACGUGGACACCUCUGUGGUGGGUCGGCCUGGCUGUGACGCUCUGUGGCCUCGUGCUAUUGCACACCGCUGCGCCUCAGCCACUGCGGCUCAUGAGGGAGAAGAAGGAGACGUGAUGGCCGCUGGAGGGGGCACAGCGCCGUGCUGCCCCUCGCUCCUCGCCGGCCUGCCUCGUGAUGGCGGCCCUGGUCCCCAGCCAACUCCGAACGCGCCAGCCGUGGACCUGCUGACCCCUGCUCGCCUGCUGAUCUGCCGACUUGCAAAGUCACGCUGGUUGCAUCUUUCCCGACAGGCCAGCGGUGGUGUGGUGGCAGUGACAGCCUCGGAGGGAGCUGGUCCGUGCUGAGUCAGUGUUGUGGAAAUCAGGGCCAGAGGCUUAUCAGCUGCUCCUCCUCUUCACACCCUGUGGCCGCAGAGCUUUCCCAGUUCGGGGAAGGCUAAAAGUAAACAUGGUGGCUGUGGAAGGUGCCCGUGCAUCAGUACUUUUCCAUAAGAGGACCUAUCCUGAAGUAGAAGAGCAAUCAGAAGCAGACGCUGAAGGCAGCUGAUAUUUCUGCUCUGCUGUUCCUGACUUUCCUCUCUGCCUCUUGAAAUGGCCCCGUGCCUGCCCUAAGCUCUUGCUGCCUGUAAGGCCGUGGAGCCUUUCAGUAAUUCCUUCAGCUUCCCUUAUCAGUCGCAUACACCUUUUAACUUGCCAUUUUUAUGUGACACUUGUAAUUCCCACUUUCCCAUUCCUGACGUGUUACUCACUGUAAGGUUGCUGCUCUUUCCUUUAAACUCUUAACCAGGAUGGGGUUUUGGUCGCCAUUCCUGCUGUGUGUAGGUCAAACUGUAAUUUUGGAAGAAUACAACAGGCUGCGUGUGAACAGUCAGCCGCUUUCACAGAAAGUGUCCACAUUCAACACAUCCCCCCCCCCCCCCCCCCGCUUAAGUUGUUAAUUGCUUUAACAUUUGGUAAAAUGGAGUUUCUCAAGCAACAGGUUUUUUACACCUCUGGAUGAUGCUGAUUCCCAUUUGUAUGAUGUAAUCAAGCAGAUCACUGGUACCCACACAUGCUAAAUUUUGGAUGAGACGUCUCUCGAUGUGGUGCUUAUGUCAGAAAUCAUCAUUUCUAAGGUAUCGACUUCUUUCCCCUUCCCAUACAUCUUCUUUUACUUGGAAAUUUUUUAGUUGCAAUCCUGAUCAAGUAAUACAAUGAUGCCUAUAAAUGCAUGAAUCAUGCUGGUGAUAUCACUUGUUUGCUCUGGGCUUGCCAGGUUGUCUCUGUCUUCUUGUAACCACAGAAAGUGAGUCACGGUUGUGGCAUGUGCAGAAAACCUAAGGACACAUUUCUGCGAGCCUCCAUAUCGGAACCUGUCAGGUUUGUCGUGACUGGCAGAUCAGCAUCAUGUCCAGCAGAAAUGUAAAAAUAGACUUGUGGGUGGAAAUGCCACUGGAGUUGGGUUUGUGUCUUUUCCUUCUUUGUAUCAGAAAGAUGAAAAGUCCCCACAAGAGGCCAGGAGCUGUUUGCGCCAAGUCCCCUGCUUCAGGAGAGCAUCCUAGCUCAUCACGUCUGGCAGCCAUGUCCCAAGAGGGGCAAAAACCUUUGUCUCUUCCCCUCGGUGUGCUCAUAAGACUUCCCCUCCAAAGAAGGGAGCUACAUACAUGAUGGGGAAGAGGGCAGAGUGCCCCAAGUGCUUUUCCUCCUUACCAACAUGGGUCUUUGCCCCCGGGGAGCUCUUUGCUUAGCAGCAGAGACAGAAAAGGUGGGAACACGUCUGGCCACCUGGGAAGCGGGGACUUGAUGCAGUGACCUGGCAUCCCUCAUAGAUCUGUGGAGACAACAACCAGUAACUAUGCAUUUCUAAGUACAUCAAGUCUCCUUAGACCUUUGUACGUGAUGGAGAAAUAAUGAAGGCAGCAAGCUUGAUUUGUUUGCCCUUGUUAUUAACUCUCAACCAGCUGUAAGCUGUGGCUGCCUUUGCACAAACAACAGGAGAAGGACCAGACUCUCUCCUUUCUGGUUAAUUUGGCUGUUGUCCCUCCUCCUAACAAACCUUUUGGAAAGUUUUUUAACAUGGACUGUCUCAAAACUGACAUAUCUAUUACAGUCGUUGGAGGUCAAGGUCUAGGAGAUGUUUGCACAUGUGCAGAAAGUGAGGGCAACAUUUUACUUGGUGAUGCUCAUUGUUAAGGUGGAAGAACAUACACUAGGGCUGUAAAUUUGCUGUCGUAAAUACCUGAAGGUGGGAGUGGAAAUGAGUUUCCUCCAGUUCCUGUGGGAAGAAGAGAUUGCAGAGCAGGGUGCGUUUUUUGGCAGAAUCCCUCUCCUCUAUCUACACAGGGUCUGGCCCACAUCUGCCAGUGUUGCUUGUCAACGUAGGGCCAGGGCUCCAAGGAGGGCUGCAAUCACUGUACGGCAAAGUGGUGGGCUUCUGGUAAAUGGUUCAUGUGUGGUCAUCCAAAAUGCAUCUGGAGGUGAUCUCAAAAAGAGGUGCCAGCAUUUCCAAAUUAAAACACUGUCCAAAGCUCAGUGGCUGAAAUUUAGUAUUUAGUACAGAUAUUUUAGACCAUGCACACAAAAGAAGGUGAUGUGAGACUAAUGAGCAAGCUGUGUUUGAAGAGUGAGCGGUUCAAAUAUGGUAGACAAAUAGGGUGGCUGAAGAUCAUGGCCAACCCUAAGACCUUGGUUUACCAAGGCAGAAGAAGGUGGGUUAUCCUUAUGUGGGAACUCCAGUAGUGUGCUUGCAUGGAGUUUUUGCACACUAGAGCCAAACUAUUUUUAGAGAAGAGUCUCAAGCACACAUUUCCAGCAUAAUACACUUUUUUUUUUUGCAUAUCUCCAAGGCACUGGCUGUAAUGAGUCUUUCCUGCAUCUUCCCCUCAUUCUCAAACACAACACUAAUUUUUCAGCAUCUUGUUCAUCAGAUUUUCCUCAAGCAGGGCUGUACCAUGUCACACUUCAAACAGUAGAAGCAGCAGGGGCAUGGUUAACAGCAAGGCUCACAAUGUCGCUCAUGAAGAUUGAAGUAAGUAUUCUUGAAUUAAUGGUGGGAAGCGUUUUGAAAAAUCUAUUGUAUAAACAAGGUCCUAGACUAUUAUAUUCUAAGGUAAAUAAUACCUUGUAUACAUUUACAGGGAAUAAAGCCAAAUUAAAUUAUAGAUGCAGUUGAACCUUAAAGCAUAGUUUGACUGAUUAGAUAAGGAACUAUACAUAAAACUUGAGAAAUGUCCCUAUUGUCAUUGACAAGGAGCCACUGAAACUUGGAAGGUUUGUAUAACAUCUUGGUCACAGCAUAUAUCAAAAUAACUUGAAGGACAGUAUGUUGGCCCGAGUGAUGAGCAGUAGAAGUAGAUGCGAUAAAUAAGAUCGGUAGGUUGUUCUGCUGAGUUUGGUAUAUUUAAAGUUUCCAAGGAAUUUUAUUCAGUGCCCUGUGUUGACCUUUCAGACACCUUAAAUAUUGAUCACAUUGCAAGGGUGUCUCACACGCACACUUAAUUCCACUAAAAUAUUGCAAGCGGUGGGGUGUUUGCGAAGAAGGAAGUCAUGGUGAUUCAACAUGCCAGAAGAGUGGUGCCACGGCUCUGACCUUGGCUGUCACAGAAAAAACAUGAAGUUACGAAUAAAUGGGUACUAAUCCUGACGUGUUCGUGGUGCCAGGUACCCUGCUCGCCUUCUGCAGAAAAGCAGCAGCAAGCCGCCAUUUUGGGGGUUUGCGAGCUGCAGAGGGGAGUUGUGCAGGGUGGGAACUCAUCCACAGGAAACCACGUGGUGACCAUGGCUCACUUGGUCUUGGAGAAGAAUCUGGGGUGAGCUUUACCAGUGGUAAAAGCCUUCGCAGGAGAGCCAGGAGUUUGCCUCUGAAAAUCAAGUGUGUGGGAUGUUGUGCCAUGUCACUUUUUAAAGGAAAGGAUUGCCAGAAGACGUUUCUGAAAAUGUGGUCCUGAGGAAGAAACAAAGUAUUUUAAACUGUAGAGCAACACCUUCUAGCUUCAGGCAGAAGAUGGUUGUUGGGUUAGGUGUUUCAGUGCCCUUUCUAAGGCAGGCCUGUUUCUAGAUACUUUUAA